CCCGCAUGUCUGCACCAUCACUGGGCCGCUUUGUUCCCAGGAGAUUUCUACUGCCUGAAUACCUUCCAUAUGCUGGAAUUUUCCAUGAGCGGGGGUCAGCCGGGACUUGCCACGCACUCCUCUGUAAACAGAGUCCUGGCGGGUGCCGUGAUUGGAGAUGGACAGUCUGCUGUGGCCAGUAAUAUUGCAAACACAACCUACAGACUGCAGUGGUGGGACUUCACUAAAUAUGAUUUACCAGAGAUCAGUAAUGCUACGGCUAAUGUGCUUGUUCAGAACUGCAAGAUCUAUAACGAUGCCAGUUGUGACAUCUCUGCUGAUGGGCAGCUACUUGCAGCCUUCAUCCCAAGCAGCCAGCGAGGA